GCUUGUGUCAGUUUUGAUCCUUUUUUUUCAGUGCUCUGUUACUGCUAUAUGAUGAAUUGAACCUAAGUUAAGACAUAUCAAAUUAUAUUUCAUCUUAGAUUAGUUUCCCUUUCUGGUUUUCUUCAAUAUAAAACAGGUUCUUUUCUGAUUUGUGAAGAGGAGAUAUGGUAUCAGUUAAUGCUAUUGCUUCUCUUUUCGUUAAUUACACGAUAGGAAUACACCAUUUGCUUACUCUUUCCUCUCUAAAAUUUCAAAAAGAUUGACCUUUUCAAGAUACUACUAUUUUGUUGUGAUUAGUUUGAAAAGUCUGCCUAAAAGAAUUUGUUUUUUUCCCCGUGUCUCACCUUUGAAAAAGUAAAGGGGUUUGCCCUAGAGAGGGACUAGAGCAUUUUGGAUUUACUGCAUAUGAAAGUAGGAAAAUGCUGUUGAGUAACAGGAAAUUAUUGUGCACCAAGGUGUGACCUAGUCAAUAAAGUGGGUUGAAAAUACUCAAGAUUAUUCUUGUGUCCAAGCCUUAGUGGACAGAGGUAGCAAAUACUUCGCAGAAUUGGUCAAGGUGCGCGCAAGCUACCCUGAACACCAUGGUUUAGAAAGGAAAAAAAAUAACAGGAAACUACUUUGAUGCUAAAAUUUGUGGAUUUUUCCUCAAGAUUUCUAGUUUUUUUGAAUUGGGAAUUUCUGGAAGUAACCUCUUUUCGGCUUCCAAAUGGAAUGUUGAUAGAGCUUUGCUUUGUUCAUGUGGGUGGUUCUUUUGGUCAAGGAAGGGAAAAUGGAAGAGCAAGUGGAGGGGAAAGUUGACAAUAGCAUAUUUUCUUUCCUUCGUUUGAAUUGAGGAGUAGCAAAAAUUAUGUUACUCUUUUAUCAUUGACAUUCAACUAUAUUUGGUACUGAGCCCAAAAGGAAAGAACUCUUCUUCUUUUUUCGUCUUCAAUGCAAAUCAAACAAGGGAGACAAUUUUUUGGAAUUUCCUUUUUCUUUACUUCCUAAAUAUUUGGAACUAUGAGAAUGGACUAACGAAUUUUUCAUCAGUGUUCUGUAUGCUAGUUCCGCAGAUAACACUAUGACUAGGUGAAAUUUUAUAAUAGUAGUUUCAAGUAAUUAUGAAUAUAAUUGGAGAGGUGGUUUUGGUUAGUUUAGUAUCGGAGUAAUUUUUUACUACUUCAUCCUGUUAAACCUUAUGAAUUCUUCAAUUGGCAUUCUUAGAAGUUCUCUUUCUUGUAGUAAGUUUUAUCACAUCUACUUUCACAUAUUGUUGAAAAAUAAACGAUGAAAACAAUGCAAUGAAAUAGUAAUCUGCAGUAGCAAGAAUUUAUUGAUGUGUUUUGUUAAUUUCUUUUCUUCUAUUGUUUUGAAGGGUCUCGGAAUAAUACUUUUGUAAGCUUUUUGUGAGUUUGCAAGUCGGUGUUUCCACAAUCUUGAAUUUACUUUCUGUGAUUCCAACUGUUCCAUGUUUAAAUCACUGGAUUUGCUUGUGAUUUCUGUAGCCAGUUGCUAAAAGGGCAGCUUCUAUUCCGAGGUUCAAGAAUGGCACUUGUCUACAAAUGAAAUUGGCAUACAACAACUUGGCGCCAAUACUUCUGUUCUUGCUCCAGUGGAUGGAUUUCUCAUGCACAUGCUUACUUCCAAGUUAUCUCAAUCUCUUCCACAUAGUUGUAUACAAGGUUAGCCCCAAUAGCAAGAAGAAGAUUCCUUCAGAUGGGAGGAAAGCAAGCAUUAGAGAAUUCUAUGCGGUUUUAUUACCAUAUCUCCAGCGCUUACAUGAUAGCUCAUCAGAACAGGAUAGUAGACAAGACGAACCUCAAGUUUCAGAAACGAUUCCUGGGAAGAAAGUACAAGAGCAAAAGCAUUUUGAUGCUGAUCUAGAAAAAGAAAAUGAAUGUGGGAUCUGCUUAGAACCGUGCACCAAAGUAGUUUUGCCAAACUGCUGUCAUGCCAUGUGCAUUAAUUGCUAUCGUGACUGGAACUUAAGGUCCGCGUCCUGCCCAUUUUGCAGAGGAAGCCUCAAAAGAGUGAACUCAGGGGAUCUGUGGGUUCUGACAGGCAAUAGCGACGUCGUUGACCAGGCAACUCUUUCAAAUGAGGAAAUGUUGCGUUUCUAUCUUUACAUAAACAACCUGCCUAAAGAUAUUCCAGAUGCGCUGUUCCUAGUUUAUUACGAAUAUCUGAUAUGAUUUAACUUCUGAACUAAUUAAGAUGUUUGAUAUUAGAAGUUUAACAUGCCGACCAAAGCCUGUGGAUAGAGUCCGGUAAGCCCUCUAAUUCCUUCAUUUGUCAUUCAUCCAAAACAUUUAUUGUUAACUUUGAGCUGAAUAACUGCAUCCUUACCGUAAUUUGUAAUAGACAUUGAAGUCAGUAAAGAGACUGUUACCUCACUUU